ACUUUGGCCAUCAGAUUUGAUAUGCAUUAAUAUUGUAUCUGGCUUUGCCUAAUCGACCCAGCCUGAGGCAUCACGACCAAUGUUGAUGCUAAAUAACCAAUCAAAGAUGCAUGAAAAGAUUCGAAAGAGAAGCGAAAAAUAACAUUCCGAGUAUAACUGGUUAAAAGUUGUUGCAAAAGACGUCCCCGCUGAUAACGUUACACUAAACGAUGGCGAAGGUCGCAUUCAUAUUGACCGUAAUGAUCUUUCAGGGCUGUCUAUUUUGUCGAGAUUCUGCUACAACAACAACGAUCGCACCGAGCCCAACCACAACGACUGAAGAUUCUGCUACAACAGCCUCGGUCACACCGAGCCCAGCCGUAACGAGUGGAGGUGGAGAAACCACCACUGCAGCAGUUACACCCACAGUUGCAGGAGAAACAACUACUAGUACAACUGGUGGAGGGGUAAGUGCCACCACAGAGAGUGGAGAAGUAGUUACCACUUCAGCAGCUGGAGGAGGAGUAACUACCACUUCAGCAGCUGGAGGAGGAGGAGUAACUACCACUUCAGUAGGAGGAGGAGUAACUACCACUUCAGUAGGAGGAGGAGUAACUACUUCGGCAGUAUCCAGCGGCGAUGUGACUAAUACAGGAGUGGUCGUGGGAGAAGUAACUACAACUGGAAAUGUAGCAGGAGAAGCUACAGCCACUACAGUAGCCGGAGGAGAGGCAACUACCUCGGCAGUGGUCGGAAGUGAAGUUACCAGUUCAGCAGUAACCGGAGGAGAUGUAACUACCACUGGAGCAGCCGGAGGAGCAGUAACCAACACUGCAGCAAUGAGUGUUAUUGCAGCUACUACGACAGGAAUUGGAGGAGGGGUAACAGCCUCAACAGUUGUAGGAGGUGGGGCAACAAUCUCAGCAGUUGGAACAAGUGAGGCAGCAACCUCAGCAGUUGGAGGAGGAGAAACUACAUCGGCAGUAGAUGGAAGAGAAGUAUCUCCGACAAGCACGCAAACAGCACCACCUACAACUAGUGUUUAUGUGGACAAAAGACCAGGUGCAUCAGUAUCACUGAGCCUGAAAAUCACAAUUGAUUGUUCUGACGCCAUCUCGGUCACUUUAAACGCGACCAUAAUAACUGCUCUUCUCAAACUAUAUAAUAGUGCAGGAUUCAGACUCGGUGGAGUGGAAGCUAAAAACGUUAUCUGCGACUCUACGUUUCAAGGGACAUAUAUGCUGUCAUUUUACGUUGGAGGACCCUCUAACUUAACGAUCGAAAAAGUAUUUGAGAAUGGACUUCAACAAGGCGUUUUCGGCAAUGAUAUAAAAGCAGAGAACACGGUAUCCACUUUCGAGUUUCAAGGAGUUGUCAUUGAAGUAACGCCCAAAUCUGGAGAGUGCGAAAGAGUCUGCUGUGAUGGACAAGGCGGAGAAAUGAUUGUAGAGAGAGUAUGCACACCUUCCGACAAAUGUCACGGUUUUGACACCUCAGAAAAGGAAGAUAAAGGAUAUUGUCCAGGGGAGUCUAAAGCUCAAUGCAAAUGCAGUAAAGGUUUGCAGGAUUUGCCAAGUUUCGCUUUAAUCACUGUACUGGGACUCGCAUCAUUGAUGAAGUCUCUAUUCUCAUCGUAACUGCGCAUGCUUAACGGAAACGAACUACUCCCUGUGAGAGCAUACGACUCCAGUUUUGAAGCACGACUAUGACAUCUCAUAACGGUGGGAGAUUCUUACCACGGACAAUAGACCUAUUUUAGUUUCAAAAAUUUGAAGCUUAAUCAAAGAACGACAAAAUAAGAGAAAAUGUUUUAUAUUUUCCUUAGUAUAUGCAAUUGUAAACCUGGCUAUCUUCACACGGAUGAUUCUUUAGAUCCCUUUUCUAUCUCCGUCAUUCCCGACUGAAAUAUCUAACCAGAAGAAAGGAAUAACGCUUAAGCCAGGAUUUGACACAGAAUUUGACAGAGAUAAUCAGCCAUGAAGAUGGACUUGCGACUCAGAUGUCCCGAAUGCCAGUCACGGGCGUCACUUAGUGAUGUUAAAAUGGUCUAAUUUUCCGCCUUGCAAUCGAGAAUUUUCACCUUGUUAUCUUAUGUUGGAGUGAUUAGUUUCAUAGAUUUGCCCGCCGUACUCAUCCAUAAGCCACAAACAAUGCUUAUCAAAUUCAGUAGACUUACUUGUCUCUGCUGCAUGAAUCGUCGACUUUCUCUUCAAAUCUUUUCGAUCAAAGCCGGUUUGUCAGAGUUCUUGGUAUAAAUAUUCUUAGUAAAAAAAGCAGCUACACGUAUAUCGUAGAGUUCAGUGGGACAGAGGUCAUACGUAGGGGCUCGAAGCAGAGAACCUUUGCAUUUUCAUAUAAAGCAAGGUCAUUCGAUGCUUAGCCCCUACGCCUUUGUUCAAAAUCUUACUUAAGAUUCAUUUUUGAACGCGUGCGUCUGUUUUGGUCGCAAAUUUUUAAAGGCAUCACGUUUUACAAAAGAUUUUAAUUCAUUCCGCUAUGAUAAGUGCAUUCUACCACGUCUGUUCUUUUACCAUUGAUAUAAGAAUAAUCUUAUUAAUCCUUUAUUAGUAGUGUAUCGAACCCUCAAGCAAGUGAUGCUUUCCUCUUAUCGAGUUUAAAUAGAGGAUCUUACUUGUUACCGUUUUCAUUUAGAAGUGAGUA